UGACGGGCGCCCCCACCCGGAGGCCAGCGGAGAGUGGGUGUUCUCCGUCCAAAAGCUUAUAGAGUUUGGGCCGUCGCUCAACGAGAGCUCAACGAGACAACGAGCGAAAGUCGAGAGCAAAGUCGGAAGAAAGAGACUCUCAUUCCAAGAAACCAGCACCCAUCACUCGGUCUAGACCGCCGGUGCGGCUACAUAUAGCAGGACUCCGCCCAGUACAAGUCUCUAUCUGCGCCGCUUCUUCGUCUCGACGUGCUACGAAGGAGACGAAGGGAACACCGUACAGCACGCUUUCUUGGAAAGAAACCUACAAUCUGGGAGCACUUGAAUUGGCGGUCGAAAUUUGGCCCUGCCCCAUCAACAUCCGACCUGGCUUCUCCUUACCCCAUAUUCGUGCAGCAAUUGGAAGUCCAUUCACCAUGUGGAUUGACUUGCUAAGCGUGGUGAGCGACCACGACAUGACAAACACCGACAUAACAGAUACACUGCGCUCAUGUUUGCUGCGGACCUGCGAGGCAACUAAAUUCGAUGUCGGCCGCUACUGCUCCGCCAAAGGGGAUAAUGGGGAGCUAUCCAUAGCAUCGGUGACAACUGUCACAUCAGACAAUGAGAGGGCCUCCGAGGCCCUAGCAAAACUACUGGAGGCAGAUGCUGCAAGAAUAAACACGAUAGGACAGCGCACCGCUAGAGCCGCAAAGUCAAUUUGGUUAGAGGACAUGUCAGUUGACAGAACAGGGGCACCUACGCCAUUCGAAUCCGUGUUCUCGUCGUGUUUUGGUGUGCCGGUCUUCCAGCGGGGCAUCGUCGUGGGAGUCUUUGAGUUUUACUCAACCGAGCGAAGAUCGACUGAUGAACUAGCGCAGCGUGUCGUCGGAUUGGUCGGGCAACAGCUAUCCCGUCUGAUGCACACAUUGGAAACCCAAGCCGAGCUGCUCAAAGCGAACGAGCUACUGAACGUCAUGCUCUCAAAUGUCGCUGCUGGCGUCGUCGCGUGUGAUGCGGACGGGAAACUCACGCUCUUCAACGACGUCUCCAAGUCCUUCCAUGGCUUGGACGUCCGACACGAUUUGAACUCGUCGGAAUGGGCUGGUACUUAUGAUCUGUUCCGACUCGAUGGCACGGCAUUGCCUGCUGAUGAGAUCCCACUCGUUCGAGCGCAUCAGGGGAAACCACUACAUGGACAGGAGAUAAUCAUUGCUCCGCAUGGCUUGCCGAAGGUUGUUGUCUCAUGCUCUGGACGUGCACUGCAGGAUACGGAUGGGAACACGAUUGGGGCUGUCGUGGUCAUGCACGAUAUCUCCGAGAGGGUCGAGAGGGAACAGAAGCUGCGCGAGAACAACGAGCUGCUGAGACGAGCUCUGGAUACCAUAACAGAUCUGGACGGCUUCAAGCUCAUUGCUGAGGCGUUCCCGGAAAUCGUAUACACCACGUCCGCCGAAGGGAAGGUUUCAUAUUUAAACAAAAAGUUCUACGAGCACACGGGCUGCGGCCCCAUCGAACGAGGCCAAUGGGACUGGGCGGGUAUCCUACCCAGAUUCGUACAUCCGGACGACGUAACGCCCACCGCAACUGCCUGGACUGACGCCAUCAACGCCUCAGGCCGCUUUGAGACCGAGUUCCGCGUGAAAAGGAAGGAUGGCGCAUGGAGGUCACAUCUCGCGCGGGCCGUUCCAGUCCGUAACAAGGACGGUGUGGUCAUGCGGUACAUUGGAACGCUGACGGAUAUCAAUGACCAACGACAAGCAAUGGUGGCUCUGGCGCAAACGCGGAAUCGCUUGAGCGCUCUCCUCCACUCCAAUGCGUUGCUUGUCUGGUCCAUGGACUCUGAAGGGAUCUUCACGCUGGUGGAAGGGAAAUUGGGCGGUGCUCUCGCGAGCCGGUUCCUGCCUGAACAGGAAACGGUUGGGAGAUCCUACGUGGAGGUGUUCAAGGAUUACCCAGCAUUGGUCAAAGCAGCGGAGGCAUCGCUGUCAAAUGAAUCGCUCUCAUUAGAAGUGUUGUUCGAGGAGCGAUGGCUUUACAUCACCUUCUCGCCCGAUCUGGCAGGGCACGGCGUUGUCGGUGUAUGUCAGGACAUUUCCGAUCGAAAGAUUGCCCAGCAGCAGAAGGCAGAGGCGGACAUACGCGAGCAAGCCGCUCUGGAGGCUUCGAAAGCUACCCGCUUCUUGCUCAGCUGCUGCUCACACGAGCUGCGGACUCCGUUGCACAGCCUGGUCGCGGCGUCGGAGCUGCUCGCUGAUACCCAUUUGACUGAUAAUCAGCAGGAGCUGAUUUCGACGAUCUUGAGUAGUAGUCGUUCGCUGCUUAGCUUGAUCUCGGAUUUGCUGGAGCUGCAGCGGAUAGAGUCCGGUAAAUUCAAGGUGGAAACGGUCACGUUCUCGCUGAAGGAGUUCUUCAGCGAUAUGAAAACCCUCUGGACGCCUGCAGCGAAGCUCCACGGAAUCGAUUUCCAUAUCCAUAUACAUACGGGCGAAAACGACAUGGAUGAGAUCGCGGGUGAUCCCAAGCGAUUGGCGCAAGUGCUCAACAAUCUGAUAUCCAAUGCAGUGAAAGGCACGCCGUCAGGCUCCAUCGAAGUGGAAGCGCGUCACACGUCGACACCAGAAUGGCAGCACGUCCUGCACGUCGCCGUCGUGGAUACCGGUGUAGGCAUGUCCCCGACGCUGGUAUCAAAGCUCUUCCAACCCUUCUCCACCAACCAGCAAUUGACCUCCGACAGCUCUGGAUUGGGUCUCUACCUCGUCUCGAGGCUCGUAGACGCGAUGGACGGGUCGAUCAAUGUGGAAAGCGAAGUUGGGAAAGGCUCACGGCUGUCGUUCGUGGUACGGUUCGGCCAUCGCGAUGUGAAUGGCCGGAGGAGUCGACGGGAGUCGGAUGAAGAGGCCAGACCGCGGAACCGGUCGCUGUAUGGGAGUAUGGACUCGCCUACUCGGUCGCAUGGGUCGUUGGCGAUCUCACCACCACCACCGAAGGAGGCAGCCUCGAAAAGCAUGAGGGAGUUGCAUCAGAUCGUUGGACCGACGCCGCAGGACAGCCCACCGAUCCUGACCCUACAAGCGCAGAUGGAUGCCCGCACAAUGAUGCACAAUGUACCUCACUCAGCUUCAAUGCCCGCGCUAUCUCAGCAAAGAAAGCCGACGACCAUGACAAUGUCCUUCCCUACCCUCCCCGGCAUCCCGAUAGCCCGGCAGCGCCCGCUCAAAAUCGUCAUUGUCGAAGAUAACUCCACGAAUCUGAAACUGCUCACGAGGAUGUUGACGUUGAUGGGACAUACCAUAUCCGGCGCGGCCACCGGGUGUGCAGCACUUUCACUGAUUCUUGGUGACGAUUAUGAAAGUCCGGCAUCAAAUAGAUGUGUCCAAGAAUUGGAGGAAUCGUCUGCAUCGUUCAAGAACCCACGCCCGUACGAUAUCAUCCUCAUGGACUGCAAUCUAGGCGACGGCUUAGACGGGUGGGAAUGCAGUCGACGGAUCCGUCAACAGGGCGAAGAAGCCGAUGAGGACAAUGACGAUGAUUCCACAGCCACACCCACCCCCACAUCACCGUCACCGUCCGACGUGCCAACAUCACCACCACUCAAACCCGACACCCUCCCCACACCGGCCACCCAAAUCGCCACACCACCCCUCCCGACCCACACCAGCAGCGGGUCCUCCUCAUCAUCCCACACCCACCUCCACCCACCGCCCCUCUCAUCAUCAGCAUACAAGAGAGCGCGAAAACAAUGGUACCGCGAAGUCCCCAUCAUCGCGGUGACCGCGGACGUGAUGGACCAUAACAAGCAGCGGUGCCUGGACGCCGGCAUGUCGGAUUUCCUGACGAAGCCCGCGGAUAGGCAGAGUUUGAGCCGGGUCAUCGCUAAAUGGUGUCCAUGACGCGAUCAGAUGAGGGAGGGAUACUGAGAACCCGGCGGCGCAGACGGAGGGCAGUCGUCUUGACCCGACAUGUUUUUGUGCGUUUCUGGAUGCGUCGGUGGUGGCACAGCACGAAAAGCGAUACCUUCGAUGCCUGGGAAGAAUACAAAGCCUUGAUGGAGAUAUAUCUCCACCCCAAGCUAGAGUGCUGAUACCCUUAACAAUAAAGCCCGCCAUUAGCUAGUAGUCGGUCCGCCUUGGCGGUUCCCCUGACAUGUUGUAUACCCUCGCGAACGUUUCUGCCGCGACACAAUGCAUCGAAUCUGGUCCAUACACAUAGUUCCGGGUUGUUUAGCAAUGUUAUCAUAGUGUAGAUAGACUUGCGAACGAGACACUCUUUGUAUAAAUGAUUUUCUACUCGGGUGGUCCAUCCCGAA